CCUGAAACGUCUCUGCUGCCUGCCCGUUGUCUUUCUCUUUCUCUUUCCUGACCAGUCUGCGUUUUGCAGCAGCCUCGGCCUGUACGUCGUUAAAGCUCUUUGUAUGAGGAAGGUUGCAACGGGCACACUAAGCCACAACCGUUUUUCUUUUUGUUCUUUUUACCAGGAAGUGAAGAAAGCGUUUAAGUAAGCUCCGUGUGCGAUGUUGAGGCUGAUCUUCUUGGCCGCCCUCGCUGGGUUCUCCCAGGCCAGUGAUGUGCUGGACUACACGGAUGACGAUUUCGACUCUAAGAUCGGACUCCACGAUAUCAUUCUUGUGGAGUUUUUUGCCCCUUGGUGUGGCCAUUGUAAAAAGCUAGCACCUGAGUAUGAAGCAGCCGCCACACGACUGAAAGGCAUCGUCUCCCUGGCCAAGGUUGAUUGCACAACCAAUAGCAACACGUGCAGCAAAUAUAGUGUCAGUGGUUAUCCAACCCUGAAGAUCUUCAGGGAUGGAGAAGACUCUGGUCCCUAUGACGGUCCCAGAAGUGCAGAUGCCAUGGUCAGCUUCCUUAAGAAGCAGGCUGGCCCAGCUUCAGUGGAGCUCAAGGCUGAGGCAGACUUUGAGAAGUAUAUUGCUCAUCAAGAUGCAAGUGUUGUUGGGUUCUUUGCUGAUGGAAAGAGUGCAGCACAGGCAGAGUUCCUGAGUGCAGCUAAUGUCUUAAGGGACAACUAUCGCUUUGCCCACACCAACUCUGAAGCUCUUCUCCAGAGCCAUGGUAUUGAUGGAGAAGGAGUUGUCUUGUUCCGCCCACCACGCCUGAACAACAAGUUUGAAGAUGGCUCUGUCAAAUUCACAGAAGGAAAAUUCGUCAGCAAAGCAAUCAAGGCGUUUAUUCAGGACAACAUCGGUGGCAUUUGCCCACACAUGACGGAUGACAACAAAGACCAGAUGAGAGGCAAAGACCUGCUGGUGGCUUAUUAUGAUGUUGACUACGACAAAAACCCCAAGGGCUCAAACUACUGGAGGAACAGGGUGAUGAAGGUGGCAAAGAGCUUCCUGGAUCAGGGCAAGAAGCUGAACUUUGCUGUGGCCAGCAAGAACACGUUCCGCAAUGAAGUGACCGAGUUUGGCCUCGAUGACAGCUCAGGAGAGUUGCCCGUGGUGGCCAUCCGCACUGCCAAGGGAGACAAAUAUGUCAUGGCUGAGGAGUUCAGUCGUGAUGGAAAAGCUCUGGAGCGUUUCCUGCAGGACUACUUUGAUGGCACUUUGAAGCGUUAUCUCAAAUCAGAGCCCAUCCCAGAGAACAACGAUGGCCCCGUCAAGACUGUGGUGGCUGAAAACUUCGACUCCAUCGUCAACGAUGACAGCAAAGAUGUGCUCAUAGAGUUUUAUGCUCCAUGGUGCGGACACUGCAAGAGUCUGGAGCCCAAAUACAAAGAACUGGGAGAGAAGCUGGCCGGUGAUCCCAAUGUUGUCAUUGCCAAGAUGGAUGCCACAGCCAAUGAUGUGCCAUCACCAUAUGAAGUCACUGGUUUCCCCACGAUCUUCCUUUCACCAGCCGGACGUAAGAUGUUCCCAAAGAAAUACGAGGGAGGUCGCGAGGUGAGUGACUUCCUCGCCUACCUGAAGAGAGAGGCCUCUAACCCCUUGGUGAUGCAGGAUGAGUCCAAGAAGAAGAAGAAGAAGAUGGAUGACAAGCCAGAGCUAUAAAAGCUCCAAACAGGAACUCAACAACCCCAACCCCCACCACGGCAGGAGGAGGAGGAUUGGGGAAAUCCGUGCAGAGAAAGAACUAAAUUAUAUUCCACUCUCUUAGUGAACUACCGAAUGCUCUGAAGCCAAGUCCAAAAGGCGUGGCCCUCCCUUUGGUCCUCCGCUGCUCUGGGAAAACUGUGGAAAAUGAUGUCCAGGGCCUGCCUGAUGUUUAAAAACAAAUACAGAUUUUUAGGGAAGAGGUGACUGCUUUUGACAAUUUGAGAUUUUAAUUAUCCCCUGGUCUGAAUACACCUACACCUCAGGCUGAUGCACUUUGGUUUAACACCAGUCUCCUGUCAUCUGUCGCUUUGGUUUUCGUUGUCAUAACGGGGGGUAAUGAUAAUGGUGAUUUUUUUUGUUCCUUGUUAUUUUGUAACAUGUCUUUGUUUUUGUACAUUUGGAAGGAUGAUGGAAUAAAAAGGCCCACAAAACCAAAA